AUUUUAAACAGAGAAAAUGUCCACUACAGCAACAACAACAGUGCAACCACCAACACCUUUUACUAAUGGUGAAAAUUACUUGAUCGGAGGAGAGAUUCGUACUUGGUCUGGUAAAUUUGAACAUGUUUACAGUCCUGUUACUACCAUUAAUCCACAAGAUCAAACUCAAGUUAAAUAUCACAUUGGUAAUUAUGCUUUCAUGACAGAGAAGGAAGCUGAAGAAGCAGUUCAAGCUGCUGUUACUGCUUUUGAUAAAGGAAGAGGAGAAUGGCCUUGUUAUUCCACAGAAAAGAAGAUUGAAUGUAUGCAAAAAUUCACUGAAGGAUUGUUGGCUAAGAGAGAAGAGAUUGUCAACUUGUUAAUGUGGGAAAUUUGUAAGAAUAGAAGUGCUUCCGAACAAGAAGUUGAUCGUACCAUUCAAUAUAUCAGAGAUACUAUCAAGGAAUUGAGCAAAUUGGAAACUCACCAAUCUAAAAUUAUUUCUGUAGGAGGUAUUAGUACUCAAGUUAAACGUUCUCCAUUGGGUGUUGUCUUGUGUAUUGCUCCAUUCAACUAUCCUUUCAAUGAAACAUACACAACACUCAUUCCUGCCUUGUUGAUGGGUAAUGUUGUCAUCUUAAAGACACCAAGAACUGGUGGUUUAUGUCACCUUCCAACAUUGGAAUUGUUCAAGAACUGUUUCCCACCUGGAGCUGUCAAUGUUAUCCACGGUUCUGGUCGUGAAACUUUACCUCCAAUGAUGAAGACUGGUUUGAUUGAUGUUUUGGCUUUUAUUGGUACACACAAUGCUGCCAACUCACUCAUCAAUGCUCACCCUAAUCUUUACAAAUUGAGAAAUGUUCUUGGAUUGGAUGCCAAGAAUGCUGGAUUUGUUUUACCAGAAGCUGAUAUUGACGUUGCUGUAUCUGAAUGCGCUCUUGGUGCAUUUUCAUAUAAUGGCCAGCGUUGUACUGCACAAAAGAUUCUUUUUGUUCACGAAUCAAUUGUAGAUGAAUUUGUAGCCAAGUUCAGUAAGGCUGUAGAUGCUUUAAAGAUGGGUUAUCCAUGGGAAUCAGGUGUCAGUAUUACUCCACUUGCUGAACCACAAAAACCAAAGAUUUUAAGAGAAUAUAUUAAGGAAGCAGUCGAAAAGGGUGCCAAGAUUGUCAAUGAAAGAGGACAAUUGUUCGCCAAUGACACUGAAACCAAUCCAGAAAAGAGAAUUGACAGAGGUUCAUCUGCUUUGUUUGCUCCAACUGUAUUAUAUCCAGUCACUUCUGACAUGAAGAUUUACCACGAAGAACAAUUUGGUCCAGUCACUCCAAUUGUUUCAUAUUCUACCCUUCAAGAAUUGGAAGAUUACAUUACAAGCACAACAUUUGGUCAACAAGCCUCAGUUUACAUCAAGACUGAAUCAGGUGUUGCUGUAAACUCUGAAUACUUUAUUCCACUUGUAGAUUUAUUAACACACCACGUCAGUAGAAUUAACAUUAACUGUCAAUGUCAACGUGGUCCUGAUAGCCUUCCUUUCACAGGAAGAAAGAAUUCUGCCACUGGUACACUCUCUGUUUAUGAUGCUUUAAGAGCCAUGUCAAUCAGAGCUCUUGUUGCCACUAAGGAAACAGGUAAGAAUGUUGGCAUGUUACAAGAAGUAAUUGAAAGCAAGAAGUCUCACUUUUUGAGAGAAUUCAACGAACAUCAAUAAAUCAAUGAGUAUUGAAACUGUU